UUACCAGUAGCUCUGGUUCUGCCGUCCCGGGCGCUCACACACACCUUCACCUGCACAGACUUGAAAGUCCAGUUUCACCAGAGAGACUGAGGCAGCAGGAAAAGGGGAGAGAGUUCAUUGGAUCAAACAUGUCACAAGAGACGGACAAUAACAAACGGCUUGUGGCCUUAGUACCAAAUGAGACACCAUUCAAUACCAGACGAGCCUACACAAGUGAAGAUGAAGCCUGGAAAUCGUAUCUGGAAAAUCCCCUAACAGCAGCUACCAAGGCUAUGAUGAGCAUAAAUGGAGAUGAGGACAGUGCUGCUGCUCUUGGCCUAUUGUAUGAUUAUUAUAAAGUUCCCAGAGAUAAAAGGCUGUUGUCUGUUAACAAAGUGAGUGACAAUCAAGAAGACCAAGAUAAAAGAAAUUGUCUUGGUACUAAUGAAGCUCAGAGUAAUUUGAGUGGAGGAGAGAACAGAGUUCAAGUCCUGAAGACAGUACCAGUUAAUCUCUCAUUAAACCAAGAACAUCUGGAGUCUUCCAAAAGGGAAUACAGCACAAAUGUAUCUGGGAGUCCAACGCCAAUCUCAGUGACUGGAGUUACUGUGGUAAAGGCAGAAGAUUUCACACCAGUUUUUAUGGCCCCACAAGUGCAUUAUGUUAGGGGUGAAAAUGAGGAGCACCGGGGAGUUAUCUUCGAACAGACUCAGUAUGAAGUGCCCAACAUUGCCCCCCAUACAAACUAUCUUAAAGAUGACCAGCGUAGUACUCCUGAUAGUACUUACAGUGACACUUUCAAAGAUGGGGGAACAGAAAAGUACCGCAGUGCAUCAGUAGGGGCUGAGGAAUACAUUUACGAACAAACAGCAAGCAGCACUUUUCAGUAUACUCUAGAAGCUACCAAAUCUCUGCGUCAAAAGCAAGGGGAAGGACCGAUGACUUAUUUGAACAAAGGACAGUUUUAUGCCAUUACUCUGAGUGAGACGGGUGACAACAAGUGUUUCCGACAUCCCAUCAGCAAAGUCAGGAGUGUGGUCAUGGUUGUAUUCAGUGAAGAUAAAAACCGAGAGGAACAGCUGAAGUAUUGGAAAUACUGGCAUUCUCGGCAGCACACAGCUAAACAGAGGGUCCUUGACAUUGCUGACUACAAGGAGAGCUUUAACACCAUUGGGAAUAUUGAAGAAAUUGCAUACAAUGCUGUGUCCUUUACUUGGGACGUCAAUGACGAAGCCAAGAUUUUCAUCACGGUGAAUUGCCUGAGCACGGAUUUCUCCUCACAAAAAGGAGUGAAGGGGCUUCCUUUGAUGAUUCAGAUAGACACAUACAGCUACAAUAAUCGCAGCAAUAAACCCAUCCACCGGGCCUACUGCCAGAUCAAGGUCUUCUGUGACAAAGGAGCAGAAAGGAAAAUCCGUGAUGAAGAGAGGAAGCAGAACAGGAAGAAAGGGAAAGGCCAAGCAUCACAAGCCUCAUGCAAUAACUCAGCUGAAGGGAAAUUGUCUGCUCUCCCUCUGCAAAAAAAGAGUGAUAUCACCUACUUCAAAACAAUGACUGACCUGGAUUCCCAGCCAGUUCUCUUCAUACCAGAUAUUCACUUUGGAAACCUACAAAGGACUGGACAGGUUUGCUAUAACAUAGAUGAUGAGAGAGAAGGUAGCAGCAUCCUGGUUAAAAGGAUGUUCCGGCCUGCAGAGGAGGAGUUUGGCCCGUCGCCUUUGAAACAAAUGAAAGAAGAAGGACUGAAAAGAGUGCUUCUGUAUGUGAGGAAAGAGACUGAUGAAGUGUUUGAUGCUUUGAUGCUAAAGUCACCCACAGUGAAGGGGCUAAUGGAAGCGAUAUCUGAGAAAUAUGGGCUUCCAGUAGAAAAGAUUGCAAAACUUUACAAGAAAAGCAAAAAGGGAAUCUUGGUAAACAUGGAUGAUAACAUCAUUGAGCACUACUCCAACGAGGACACUUUCAUCCUGAAUAUGGAGAGCACUGUGGAAGGCUUCAAGAUCACGCUGACUGAGAUCUAGCCCAGCUCAGGGCCCUUUCCUGAGGAACCACAGCAUUUCAUCCUUGUUGUGAAGAGGAACAUUCCCCGGGACCCUGGCAGACUUGUCGACGCUGAUCAGAGAAGCUGUUACAAAAAUGCAUUGAAAAUGUUGCCCACUCUGUUAUUCAACACUAAAAACAAACCGUGACUUGAUUCUGUCAAGCAGGAGGCCACACGUUCACUUGACCCCUUAUUUAUUGCUCCCCCCUCUUCAAUGUACAAACGAUUACCAGACCAGUCACCCCCGGCUCAUGUGAAAUAGCAACUUUUGAACCCAGAUGUUAAAACAGCACAAGUGCCCGCUAAAUGAGGGAAAGGAAUUGUAUUGGUCCAACUUGGGAAAUCUGGUUGAAAUCGCUUUAACGAUAGCCCCCUCCACAAUCAGUUGCCAGAAAAUCUGAUGCUACUAAUUGGUGCAGUGCUAAAGAUGGGGAAAGUGGCCAACUGAAUUCACCUGCUCAAAAUGAUGCCUGUUGCUCUGUAGUGCAAAGUCUUGCCAAAUACUCUGGUAGUUCUCCGCAUGUAGCAACGAGGACGUGUAAGUAAGGCAUUCAUCUAUAUUGUAAUUUGUAAGUAAGCUGGAAAAAAUACCAUUUUUAACCUUGUAUAUAAUGUUUAUAAUAUGCAAUAAUAUAUUUUAACCUACUGUACAUGGGCAUGUUUACUGCCACUGCGGUUUUUUGUGUUUGGAUUAAGGGUGAACCGAGUCUCUCCUCUCCGAGAGGUUUAGAUUUCUGCAAACUGCUGAGAGGUGAGGCUGUGCUGGGAAGCUAAUAUUCACAUCUGAUUCAUGGGUUUGGUUCAGUAUUUAUACUGGAAUAUUUACAAGUAUCAGGCCAAAUUCCUCCCAGGUGUAACUCUAUUAACUUCAAAGGGCUAAAUUUGGGGAUGAAUUUGGUCCAUUGCUUCUAAAAGUUGAAUGCACUCAAUUGUUUGGUGGUUCUCUUGGUGUGUGUCUUUUUUUUCUCUCCAAAAUCCUUUCCUUUCUGCCUCCAUGCUGGUCCAUUUCAGUCAUGUUGUUGCAAUGGCCACCUGCAGAAAUGUUUGCCCAGGUUAAUGGGCCUGAUUCUCUCUUGCUUUGCACCUCGUGUUGUCAUUUCCAUCUGUGCAAAGGUGGGUGUAAAAUGCUGCCAGUCUGAUCUGGUGGUAUUGUUUUAACACAUGCUUUGUACAGAUGUAAGCUCCCAACCCUGUACUCACGUAUGUAGUCCUAUUGACAUCAAUACUUGGCAAUAGUAGUUCAGCAUGUACGUAACCAUUUGCAGGACUGGAACCCAGGCACGGUUCAGGGGAGACUCAAACCCAACGUAUCCAGAAUCUGCUUUUUGCUGUAUUUCUGUCUGCACUGUAGAUCUUCUAUUUUUUUCUAUUUCCCCUCCCCAGCUGCAGCUUGCUCUGCAUUAAGUAGUGCUGAAUGGUGUGUCAUGGCCUUUUCAUAGGAAUCUGGUGGUAUUUGAAUUUGGCUUUUGUUUGGAGCAAAGAUCUACCCUGACUUGGGCCAGAUCUUUAUUUCUGACUCUUCAUAAAAAUAAGUGAAUUCUGGCAGGUUAGAUUCAGGCCUGGGUAUGAUGCACAGUCCUGCUGAGUUGUUGGAUUUGUUCUUGUAUUUUUCUUUUUUAAAUGGAAGAAUUUUUUGGGAUUCUAAGACAUCUCACAAGGGCCCAGUGGGGCUACUCAUGUACUUAAAGUUAAGCCUGUGAGUAAAGGUAAACAAGCAUAUGAGCCCUUUGAUAUCAGGCAAGCUCUUUUAUCUAUUUUACCCAUCUGUGGCUUUUGAUACUAGGCUGUUUAGCAAUACACAUCAAUUUGGCAGAUGUCAGUGGGGAUUCUGGAUUCACCACAUAGUUGACAUAGAUAAAGAAAGGCUCAGCAAAACCUGCACAUGGAGCAGCAGCGCUUGGGUUAAUAAUGGACUUUGCAUUCCCUCCCCCAGGAAUGUGUUUAUUCCUUCUUGCCUGCAUAACUGAUACGAUAUGAAUGUCCUGUGGGUUGCAGUGUGUCCCACUGUCCUGGAGCACUGCUGCUUGCUAGCUUAGGACGGGUGAGAACUGCUGGGUUUUAGGAAAUGUGAACAGGGGUGAGACAAAAUAUCUUUCUAAUCCCAGGCUCAGGAGCUGCAGCUUGUGCACAAUCUGCAAAAGGGAAGGCGCAUCCAAGAUUAACUGAAAAGAUUUUGUAAAAUACACUUUAGAAUAAAAUGUUUAGGAUCCCAUGACAGUGACAGAAUGGCCAAAUCCUUCUGGCUUUACUCACACAGGUAGCCUUCCUGAAGCUAAAGACCUCUUUGGAUUUGGCCCGAUAUAGAGACAGGGUUAACAGUGACGAAUAUAGCUACAUUAAGCAAAUCUGCUAGUUGUUUCUUCUUCAGCGUUACUGAUCUGAAGUUUAGGGGCUCCAGCGGAUGGCAUCACAAGCACCUAAAGCCAUACAGAGAACACAGCUUGCUGCCCUGCUUUAGGUUUUAGUAACAGCAUGAGUUGUAGAAGGAGAACCACAGGACCCUGAACUCGCCUUUCAGGGCUUUUCAUCAAAAGGAGGCGUUCAAGUCACAGGAAGGCCCAGUGCCAGUAACUCACGCGCCUAGAACAAUGGGAGAGCGCCUCUGUCCAGUCUAAAUAUCCAUUACACAUUGGGUCAAAGGCUUCAGCUGGCCUGGAAAAAUCCCAUGCAUUUAUUUACAUUCAUACUGGUUAAAACAUGUAUCUGUCAUCAAAUCCUAUGAUGAAUAACGUAGCUUACAUUUAAAAUGUGCUCCUAAUUUAAAUGGGAGUGAGCUUUGGCAAUGGUGCAACAGAGGACAAAAAUGCCUGUGUUAGCUUGCUGGGUUGGGUUGUUUUUUUUUUGGCACUUUGUGGUUAUUGGUUUAAAAGAACAAAAAUCUCCUCCUGCAAACGAGGAGUCCUGAAUAUGAACGAGUGGAGUCCGAAAGGCAGCUGGUGCAUGGAGCGCUUUACACUUAAGGGCAGCUUAGUGUUUACAGAUGUUACACUAGUUUUUAAACAUUCCAACAGGACUGUGCGUAGAAGCUGUCCCACAAAAGACCAAAGCUAUAAUGCAAGCAGUAGUACUUCCUGAGCGGUCAGUGGUUCGUUUCAUAAAUUUGUUUGUAUAGCCGUCCAUUGAAUGCCUUAUUAUGAAAGCCAAACUAUGCAAUAAAAAAUCUAAAGUCUGAUGCGGCUCCAACAUAUUUCAGCUGCUUAUAGCCCAAAGCAAAUGCAUAGAAUUGUAACCCCUGUUUUGAAGGCUACAUUUUUUGUUGGUGGGGAAAGGGCGCCUCCUCCUCCCCCUCCCCUUUCACCCCCCCCCCCCCAAGAUUAGUGAUAACUACUGUUUGGUGAGGUUUGGAGAAUUUUUGCCACUGAAGGGCGCACACACACACA